AUGGCUAUGGAGCUCUGGAACCACACCUUCCUAUCGAGUUUCAUCCUUCGAGGUCUGCUCAGCCACUCAUCAUAUGACUUCUUCCUCUUUUCCCUGGUCCUUUUGGCCUUUGCUGGGGCCCUGACUGGCAACAUCCUUCUCCUCCUGCUCAUCCAGGGUGACAGGCGCCUGCAUACUCCUAUGUACUUUUUCCUCAGUCAGCUCUCCAUCAUGGAUUUGACCCUGGUUUGUGCUGUGGUGCCCAAGAUGGCAGCCAACUUUCUCUCAGGCCAUAAGUUCAUCUCUUGGGCAGGCUGUGCAGCUCAGAUCUUCCUAGUGGUCAUGGUAGGAGGAGCCGAGUGCUUCCUCUUGGCAGUCAUGGCCUACGAUAGGUAUGUAGCUAUUUGCCACCCUCUGCGGUACUCUGUGUUCAUGAGCUGGAAGACCUGCUAUCUGCUGGCUGUGGCAUCCUGGAUAGGUGGGGUGGCUGACAGUGUGAUCGAUGUUGGUACAGUCUUCAGUUUUCCCUAUUGUGGCUCUCUGGAGGUGGAUCAUUUCUUCUGUGAGGUCCCUGCCCUUCUGCGUCUCUCCUGUGCUGACACGUCCCUCUUUGAGGACCUCAUCUAUGCAUGCUGUGUGGUCAUGCUGCUGCUGCCCCUGGGAGUCAUUGUGGCUUCCUAUGCCCGGGUCCUCACAGCUGUGAUUAGGAUGCCCUCCACUGAGGGGAAGCAGAAGGCUCUGACCACUUGUUCCUCCCACCUGGCUGUGGUGGGCCUCUACUACAGUGGAGCCAUAUUUAGCUAUAUGCAAAGGGCCUCAGCUAGGACACCAGCAAGAGACAGGGCCACCUCUAUCUUCUACACCAUUCUUACCCCAAUGCUCAACCCACUCAUCUACAGCCUGAGGAAUAGGGAGGUUACCAGGGCACUGAGGAAAAUGCUGGGAAGGUGGAGAGUGUAG